AUGUUCCAAAACAUUCUGAGGUCGCUUAGCGGCUCCUUUGCUGAUCUUGGAAGAUGGGAGCCAACGGCAGACCGUUCAGAGGGCGCGCUUCGUAAUGGCAUUGAAAAGUCAAUACUUUUCGUCUUGUGCUCCUCGGCAAUCAUGGGCAUAUCUGCUCUGACCCUUGGCAUAAGCCAACAACCGAUAUACUGCGAUCGAGGAUUGGCAUUUUGGAAUGGCCUCUUAGGAGCUAUCAUGCUGACCUUGGCUGCUGCGUGCUCUGCUGCCUUGUUCUUCGACACGCAAGCCGUCCGAUUGAUAGCCAAGCUGAUAUGGACGAACUGUGAAUCAAGCUUCUUCGAGUUUGGACCUACUGCGUUGCACGUUGCUGCCCUUGUUGUUGGAUGCCCGUUGGUGGCUCUGCUUUGGAUCAUGCGUGGAUACGUUGACUUGACGUCUUCCCCCACAUGCCGCAACACCGCCGCUUUGCUUUACGGGGGAACGAUCACCAAUCUAACAUUGGUUGUCAGUGCUCUGUCUUUUGCGUCUCUGAUGAUCAGCUACUACAUUGCCUCGUCGAAACGCUUCUACGACAUCGCUAUCCUGUCCUGCAUCUGCGAUCCUAUCUCAAUUGCUGUCGAGGGCGUUGCUGAGCGCCUUCCGGAACCACCGAGAGUCCGGCUGCCCGCAAUCGUUCCUACGCUUGACGAAUGCGUAGCGAAGCUGCCCUCCUACGACAAGACAAGAUCUUUCGUAAAGCGCAUCGUUGAGACGCUUACCCCCGUGUCCCUUCCCCAGAGAUUCCAUGCUCUCAUGGAUACACGGGUGUACUAA